GGCAACCCUGCCUCCAAACUGCACACGUUUUCAUCUGUUUUUUCUGCGACUCCAGUCCAACUGCAUCCAGAUUUAUUCCUGCGAACACCUGUGAAAAUGCCCGAGGCUGAACAGCAGAACGAUGCCAGUGCACCAGCCGGUGCUGGAGGUGAUCCUCCCAAGACGGCCAAGCAGCUGGAGAAGGAGCGCCUGAAGGCGGAGAAGCUGGCCAAGCUCCAGGCGAAGCUGGACAAGAAGGCGGCGGCUGCUCCAGCGGCGGGUGACAAAAAGGAGAAGCCCGAGAAGCGCACCAAGGAGGUGAAAGAGGCUGCCGUGUACUCGGCCCAAACGGCGCCUGGGGAAAAGAAGGAUCUGAGUGGCCCCCUGCCGGAUGCCUACAGUCCACGCUACGUGGAGGCCCAAUGGUAUAGCUGGUGGGAGAAGGAUGGCUUCUUCACGCCCGAGUACGGACGCGCAUCCAUUGAUGCCCCCAAUCCGAAUGGCAAAUUCGUAAUGAUCAUUCCGCCGCCCAAUGUGACGGGAUCCCUGCAUCUGGGCCACGCCCUCACCAAUGCCAUCGAGGACGCCAUUACGCGCUACCACCGCAUGAAGGGACGAACCACGCUGUGGGUGCCUGGCUGCGAUCACGCCGGCAUCGCCACCCAGGUGGUGGUGGAGAAGCUGCUGUGGCGCGACGAGAAACUCUCCCGGCACGACCUUGGCCGCGAGAAGUUCAUCGAACGCAUCUGGGACUGGCGCCGCGAGAAGGGCGGCCGCAUCUACGAUCAGCUGAGGAGCCUGGGCUCCUCCUACGACUGGACGCGGGUGGCCUUCACCAUGGACCCUAAGCUCUGCCGCGCCGUCACCGAGGCCUUCGUCCGUUUGCACGAAGAGGGCAGCAUCUAUCGCAGCUCCCGGCUGGUCAACUGGUCGUGCUCACUGCGCUCGGCCAUUUCGGACAUCGAGGUGGAUAAGGUAGAGAUUGCCGGUCGCACAUUCCUCGCCAUUCCCGGCUACGAGGAAAAGGUGGAGUUCGGCGUGCUGAUCAAGUUUGCCUACAAAGUGGACGGCAGCGACGAGGAGAUCAUUGUGGCCACCACUCGUAUCGAGACGAUGCUGGGCGACACGGCCGUGGCCGUGCAUCCCCAGGACGAGCGGUACAAGCACUUGAUUGGCAAGUUCGUCGUCCAUCCGUUCUGCACGCGUCGCCUGCCCAUUGUGAGCGAUGAGUUUGUGGACAUGGCCUUCGGCACGGGAGCUGUGAAGAUCACCCCGGCCCACGACCCGAACGAUUAUGAGGUUGGCAAGCGCUGCAACCUGCCCUUCAUCACCAUCUUCAACGACGAUGGCUUUAUUAUCGGCGACUACGGCGAGUUCACGGGCAUGAAGCGAUUCGACUGCCGCAAGAAGAUCCUGGAAAAACUCAAGUCCCUGAAUCUGUAUCGUGAAACGAUUAACAAUCCCAUGGUGGUGCCCAUCUGCAGCCGCUCCAAGGACGUGGUGGAACCGUUGAUCAAGCCCCAGUGGUAUGUAAGCUGCUCGGACAUGGCCGCCUCCGCCACCGAGGCCGUGCGCUCCGGCGCCCUGAAGAUCAUCCCGGAGCACCACACGAAGACGUGGUACCACUGGAUGGACGGCAUCCGCGACUGGUGCGUGUCGCGGCAGUUGUGGUGGGGCCACCGUAUCCCGGCCUACCAUGUCAGCUUCAGCGACCCCACCAUCCAAGCUGGAACGAGCGAUGAUGAGCAGUACUGGAUUGUGGCACGCAGCGAGGCGGAGGCUCUCAACAAGGCAGCUGAACGAUUCGGAGUGGACGCCAGCAAGAUCGUCCUGCAGCAAGACGAGGAUGUGCUCGACACGUGGUUCAGCUCGGGCAUCUUUCCCUUCUCCGUGUUUGGCUGGCCCGAGAAGACCAAGGAUCUGGAGACCUUCUAUCCCACGUCGCUGCUAGAGACGGGUCACGACAUUCUCUUCUUCUGGGUCGCACGCAUGGUGUUCUUCGGCCAAAAGCUGCUGGGCAAGCUGCCCUUCAAGGAGGUCUACCUGCAUCCGAUGGUGAGGGAUGCGCAUGGCCGCAAAAUGUCCAAGUCGCUGGGCAAUGUCAUCGACCCGAUGGACGUGAUCUGCGGCAUCAGUUUGGAGGGGCUCAAUGCCCAACUUGUGGGCUCCAAUCUGGAUCCACGCGAGAUCGAAAAGGCCAAGGCGGGCCAAAAGCAGGACUAUCCACAGGGUAUUCCCGAGUGCGGUUCGGAUGCGCUGCGCUUCGCCCUGUGCGCCUACAUCACACAGGCGCGCGACAUCAACCUGGACAUUAAUCGCGUCCAGGGAUAUCGCUUCUUCUGCAACAAACUGUGGAACGCCACCAAGUUCGCCCUGCUCUACUUCACCGGCACCGAGAAGUUCGACACGGAGGUCAGUGCUGCUGAUGCAAUUAACCAGAUGGACGCAUGGAUCCUCUCGCGACUGGCGGCUGCCAUCGAGGCAUGCAACAACGGCUUCGAAUCGUACGACUUUGCGGCCGCCACCAGCGCUUGCUACGCCUUCUGGCUCUACGACCUGUGCGACGUGUACUUGGAGUGCCUGAAGCCGAUCUUCCAGAGCGGCAGCGAGGAACAGCAGGCCGCCGCCAGGCGCACCCUUUACGUCUGCCUCGACUUUGGUCUGCGCCUGCUCUCGCCGUUCAUGCCGUUCAUCACGGAGGAGCUCUACCAGCGGCUGCCGCGAGCCAAUCCGGCACCCAGCAUUUGUGUGGCCAGUUAUCCCAGCAACGUAUCUUGGCGUAGUACUAAAAUAGAGACGGACGUGGAGUUCGUUCAGAAGGCUGCGCGCAUCAUCCGCUCCGCUCGAUCAGACUACAAUCUGCCCAACAAGGUCAAGACCGAAGUGUAUAUCGUGUGCACGGAUUCGGUGCCAAGUGAAAUACUCAAGCGCUAUGUCGGUGACCUGGCCACAAUCGCCUACUGCUCCAAGGUGGAGUUCGACAGCCCGGCACCACCAGGAUGCGCCAUUCUGACGGUGACUGGCCAGUGCGAGGUGCAUCUGCUGCUCAAGGGCCUCGUGGAGGCGGACAAGGAGAUCGCCAAGCUGCAGAAGAAGAGCGAUCUGCUGGUGCAGACGGUGGCCAAGCUGACGCAGGCCAUCCAGGCAGCCGACUAUGCCACCAAAGUGCCCGCCGAGGUGCAGGAGGCCAACGACACGAAGCUCUCCGAAUCGCAGGCCGAGAUCGAGCGCAUUGCUGCCGCCAUCGAGACACUCAAGCUGAUGUGAACAGGGAACGUUGACCGCUGGUCGGGAUCUGUGGUGAUUGAUAUUUUACGCUAUUAGCACGCUUGCCUCGCCAGCUGCUGGGCUUUACUUAAACAUAUUUAUAUGCUAUGGCGCUUCACUGUCUAAAACAGUCUAUGCAUUUCAAACAGAUUAGAUGACUCAAAGGUGUUUUAUUUAUUUAUAACGUCCCACACAUGCUAUUUUCCUCAAUAGCGAUCAAUAAAUAGAAGAAAUAACA